AUGGCACAGGCUCAUCGAAUUGUUCACAGCGAAAGGUCCUUAUUGCGGGGCGUGCGUGAAUGUGGUGGAAUUCCUUUGGGGCGGAUACUGGGAGUGGAUGAGCUGAAAGGGGCGAUGGAAUUGGCAGCAGCCAAGGGGGAGUUGGAAGAACACAAUACCUUGAUUACAGGGCAAGCAGAGCAGCUCGCAGCAGCCAAGAGGGAGGUGGCUCAACAUAAGGACUUGCUUACAGGGCAGGCAGAGCAGCUGACAGCAGCCAAGAGGGAGGUGGCUCAAUACAAGCACUUGCUUACAGGGCAGGCAGAGCAGCUGACAGCAGCCAAGAGGGAGGUGGCUCAACACAAGGACUUGCUUACAGGGCAGGCAGAGCAGCUGACAGCAGCCAAGAGGGAGGUGGCUCAACACAAGGACUUGCUUACAGGGCAGGCAGAGCAGCUGACAGCAGCCAAGAGGGAGGUGGCUCAACACAAGGACUUGCUUACAGGGCAGGCAGAGCAGCUGUCAGCAGCCAAGAGGGAGGUGGCUCAACACAAGGACUUGCUUACAAGGCAAGCAGAGCAGUUGACAGCAGCCAAGAGGGAGGCAGAGCAGCUGACAGCAGCCAAGAGGGAGGUGGCUCAACACAAGCACUUGCUUACAGGGCAGGCAGAGCAGCUGACAGCAGCCAAGAGGGAGGUGGCUCAACACAAGGACUUGCUUACAGGGCAGGCAGAGCAGCUGACAGCAACCAAGAGGGAGACAGAGCAGCUGACAGGAGCCAAGAGGGAGGUGGCUCAACACAAGGACUUGCUUACAGGGCAGGCAGAGCAGCUGACAGCAGCCAAGAGGGAGGUGACUCAACACAAGGACUUGCUUACAAGGCAGGCAGAGCAGCUGACAGCAGCCAAGAGGGAGGUGGCUCAACACAAGGACUUGCUUACAGGGCAGGCAGAGCAGCUGUCAGCAGCCAAGAGGGAGGUGGCUCAACACAAGGACUUGCUUACAAGGCAAGCAGAGCAGUUGACAGCAGCCAAGAGGGAGACAGAGCAGCUGACAGGAGCCAAGAGGGAGGUGGCUCAACACAAGGACUUGCUUACAGGGCAGGCAGAGCAGCUGACAGCAGCCAAGAGGGAGGUGGCUCAACACAAGCACUUGCUUACAGGGCAGGCAGAGCAGCUGACAGCAGCCAAGAGGGAGGUGGCUCAACACAAGGACUUGCUUACAGGGCAGGCAGAGCAGCUGACAGCAACCAAGAGGGAGGUGGCUCAACACAAGGACUUGCUUACAGGGCAGGCAGAGUAG